AUUCGCACUGCGACAGUGCCGCCGAUAGCCACUACCCUGCCGAACACUCAGUAGUCAAAUGUGGUAGGUAUACAGGUAGGCCUUAGAAUCAAAUCAUAGUGGUUAUAAGCGAAUUACAUGCAAUGAAGACUACUACGCCUACACAUUUGCAACAUGAAUUUGACUGUAUUGUUGUUGGCGCUGGAAUCGAAGGCUCAUCAACUGCAUACACCCUGGCUAAGAACAACAAAAAUGUUCUCCUAUUGGAGCAGUUUUGCUUACCUCACACGAGAGGAAGUUCUCAUGGCCAAUCACGAGUGACACGGUUUGCCUAUUUCGAAGACCAUUACUUGAAGAUGAUGUCGGAGAACUUUAGAUGUUGGGAUGUGCUGGAGAAAGAAGUCGGUAAAGAAUUAUAUGUGAAAUGUGGGAUGCUUCAGAUCGAACAUAGAAGUGGAAAGCAAUUUGGGAGGAUUCGAGAUUUAAUGAGACAAAAAAAAUUAGACUUUUAUGAUAUAUCUUCCACGGAGGCUUGUAGGAAAUGGCCAUGUUUAAAAUUUAACACAGACUUCAACAUGUUUGUAGACGAGAAUGCUGGAGUGCUAAGAGCUGAUCGAUGUCUCAGAGCCUUUCAAGAAAUGUUCGUAAAAUUUGGUGGCAUACUGAAAGAUAAUGAACAGGUGAUAAGUAUUCUUCCCGGGAAACAUGUGUCCGUGGUAACAUCGACCAACAAAUACACUGCUAAGAGUAUUGUCAUCACACCUGGUGCUUGGGCCGCUAAGAUACUUCGACCACUUGGAGUUGACAUUCCACUAAAGGUUGUGAGGAUUAAUGUUUGUUAUUGGCGGGUGAAGUCGCGUAAUAAACUGAAUGAUAUGCCCACAUUUGCUGACACAUCCAAUGGCUGUAUCUAUGGAUUACCAAGCCUCGAGUAUCCAGGGAUGAUGAAGAUAUGCUUUCAUGGAAGCGAUGUCGAAAUCGACCCAGACUAUCGUGAUGUGGAUAAUGGUGAUACACCACAGAAAGACGUUGAAUUGCUGACAAAAUAUGUUAAAGAACACUUUGAAGGAGUAGAAUCCAAACCUUGCAUCAUAGAAACCUGUAUGUACACGAAUACCGCCACCGAUGAUCCCAUCCUCGAUGUACAUCCGCAGUACCCAAAUAUCGUCAUCGGUUGUGGAUUCUCAGGUCAUGGGUUUAAACUAGCUCCUGUGAUUGGUCAGAUUUUAUCUCAACUUGCUCUACAACAAGAACCAGAGUUUGAUAUUUCUCACAACAAAUUAUCUUGUUUCUUACGAAAUAAAUCACGUCUAUAAUUGCUAUAGGCCCAUCUAUGGAGAUG